CUAGCUUCAUCUUCUCAUACAAUUUCACCGUAAUUUGAUCAAUCUUCACUGUGUGUGUGUGUGUAGAAGAAAUGGAGGAGAAAAUCAGCUGCGACGACGGUCACGAAUUCAAGCUGCUGCUCUCAUGUCCUUCUGGUCUCUCUCCUUCACAGGUGUCAGUUGUUUUCGAUGAAGCAUACGACAGGAUUCCCCAUCCCGAUCCUAUUUUGGAGCACUCCAUUUCCGAGAUAUGGGAUGCAAGAGUUCAGCAAAGUUCAUCACUUUACAAUGGGACGAAGUUUAGGUAUGGAGGAUACACUUUCAAUGUAGGAAAUGAUCCCAAGCAACAGCCUCAUGUUUCCCUUCAGCUUGGUCUGACAGAUUAUAGGACAUUUGUGGGAACAAAUUUAAGUCCUAUGUGGGAAAGAUAUCUUGUUCAAUCUGAAGAUGAUUGCAUACAGUGUCAGCACACAUCAAGUCCUCUGGGUAAUGGUGCAAUUGUGGAGACUUCUGACAAGAAAAUACUUGUGCUUCAGAGAAGUAAUAAAGUUGGAGAAUUCCCUGGAUAUUUUGUUUUUCCUGGAGGCCAUCCAGAGCCCCAAGAAGUUGGAAUAAUCUCCCAUGACGGCUUCCAAGAGCUGAAUCAAUGUCGCACAAUUAACAGCAAAGUUUCUCAGGAAAUGUUUGACAGCAUUGUCCGUGAAGUUGUUGAAGAAAUUGGAGCUCCUGCAGAUAGCCUUUCCAGCCCCAUCUUUAUUGGUAUAUCCCGAAGAGUAUUGAAUGUUAGGCCAACUGCUUUUUUCGUCAUCAAAUGCAAUCUUCAGUCUGAUGAAAUUCAGCAAUUGUAUUCUAGCGCACAGGAUGGCUUCGAGUCAACUCAGCUUUAUGCUGUUUCAAUGAGUGAUUUGGAGAACAUGGCUUCUAAAAUGCCCGGCUGCCACAGAGGAGGCUUUGCACUCUACAAAUUAACGGUACCAGGCGCAAAUAAUAGCUAAUAUCUUCAUUGCGUUGAAUGAGGAUGUUGUAUCCUCCUUAUCUCUCGUAUGCCUGAUUUAUUCAUGUUCGUCUUGUAUUCCUUGAUGUGCAACCUCAUGCUAUUUCAUAGGUCAAAUGAAAACUAUCCAUGUGAAUGAGCUCACCUGCAGAUAUGCGAUUUUGUCAUAUUGAAUGGCAAGUUUGCUUCCUUACUUUACUAUGUAUUGAGCUGUAUCAGUUGAAUUUGUUACUUCUGGGUUUAUUGGAGAUUGGCUUGCAUCCU